GCUGCCACGGCGUCACCGUAUAUAAGUAUAUAACGGCGGAAUCAUGGCUCGUCAGGUUUAGGGUUUAGGCAGCUUUAAGAUAAGAUUAAUCGAGUAGUAUCAAAAUCGCACGAACUCCCCGAGCGUAUCGGCCGCGUAACCGUGGGUGCAAGAACGUGGACGAGAGAUGUCCGGCUUCGACGAGAAUCCCUUCGGGGAGCCUACGAUUAACGAUCCCUUCUCGGAUCCAGCGAUACGAAGAGCGGUAACCUCUACACCCGCUAGUAGAGGCCUCGAGGAUUAUAAUCCUUUUGCCGAACAAGGCACUCAAGGAACUACACAAGUCAGAGGGGCAGUAAAUCCGCCGAUCUAUGGCGGAGUCGGUGCGACGCAGCAACCUGCCACGCUUCAACCUACUAAUCAAGAAACGCCUCCUCCUGCGUACGCUCGUACUCCCCAGCAAACGGUCAAUGCGGCGCUUGGAAGCACCAUGUCGGCCCCGUCAGAUCAACGGGCAGAAGCGGAAUGGAAAGCCAGGGCGGAAGAAGAAAUGAGAAAUACCCCAUACUACCCAAGACGAAAUAAUUGGCCGCCAUUACCAGACAAGUGUUGUUUCCAACCAUGCUUCUAUCAAGAUAUUGAUGUGGAAAUUCACACUGAUUUCCAAAAAACAGUGAGGCAAUUGUAUUACCUCUGGAUGUUUCACGGCUUCGUUCUGCUGUUGAAUGUAAUUGGAGGAUUUGUCUUGAUGCUGUGUGGCCAGGGCUUCUCAAUAUUCGGUCUGGCUAUCUUGUAUCUCAUACUCUUCACUCCAUUCUCCUUCAUGUGCUGGUUUAGACCAGCAUACAGGGCUUUCAAGAACGAUAGCUCUUUCAAUUUUAUGGUCUUUUUCUUCGUCUUCUUCUUUCAACUAAUCGUCACCGGUAUCCAGGCUAUAGGUAUUCCUGGUUCUGGAACUUGUGGCAUAAUUACAGCAGUUAGUAUGUUUGAUUCAACGGCCAAAGGUAUUUUCCUCGGUCUUCUCAUGCUCUUCGUCACGAUUUGUUUUCUUAUUGCGGCAAGUGGCGAUAUUUUACUGCUUACUAAGAUCCAUCGCAUUUAUCGUACCUCCGACGCGAGUGUUACGAAGGCGCAGCAAGAGUUCGCUACAACAUUUUUGCGAAACGAGCAUGUGCAAAACGCCGCGAGCAACGUCGCGGCGAGUGCGGUCCGCCAGCAGAUGGCUAACGCUGGCCAACCACGUUACUAAUAAUUCUACCAUUUGUUUGUCCUACGAAAACACUAUGUUCUGGCUUAACAUCAUUCAGUAAGUGGAUAGAUCUCAUUAGUUCCACUACUUAUGGAUUAUACGAUCACGCGGAAAUGCAAUGUAUUGCAAAACUUUAUUCUUACAAUGAAAUGCUGCGCAAACGUACGAAAGUCGUACUUCACUGAUCAAAUUUAUUCUCUAAUGUUGUAUUAUUAAUAUUGUACAGUUAAUACUGCAAAGUAUCUCGAAGUAUUAACGGAUAUUCUAAAGAAAUCUUUCGAAACCAGUAUGUCUUUUGUUUCUAGCGACAUAACAUUUUAUGUUGAAAGGAAAUUAUACAUAUAAUAUUUCUAUAUAAGUUUGAUGUAUUAGUUUAUAUUACCGUUUAUCAUGUACGUUUAUUUAUGAGAUCUUCAAACUUAGGUUACAAUGAUAUGAGUGAGCCCCUGAUCUUAAUCAUAUCAAUCAUAUAUCAUUAUGAUUUUAUUACUACAUAAUUGCUUAUAUUUACUAGCUUUCAUAUUUAGUGGCACAGUCUCAUGACAAUGUGAUCAUAUUAUAAGUUAUGAAAGUAAUUAAAUUUAUUCCAAGUCUUAAAUAACUGCAAGAUUCGAAUUAUAGAAUAUAAUUUGAUUCAUAUUUGUUGAAUGUUAACAUAAACGCUAAUUUACUUAAUAUUCACAAAACAUAACUUUCUUAUAAACCUUGUAAAACCCUAUACAUUCCUGUUUUUAUGCAAUGUUAAAUCAUUUUAUUAUGACUGUUGUUUCUUAAACAGCUCUAGUUUUUAUUAAAAACGUAGAAUCUGUUAAUGACAAGGAAGUUGGAUUUUACGAGAAAUACAUAAAUUUGUAAAAUA